AUGGCAGCAAUCGCACUUAACCGUCAAUUCAUUAGUCACUGUAGACGACAUACAAUAAGAUACUUAAGUACAUCACAAGCAUUGAGAAAUGAGAGUGUCUUCUCCACGAAGCCAACAGAAAUAGCAGCGACUGAAGCAACGAUAAAAGGAAAAACGUCAAACGAUAAAGGUGCAGCCAAAGAUGAAACUGUAGCAGCACGGGGAAAAAAUCACAAAGAAGAAUUGCUUCCAGAUGAAAAGCUACAAAAAAAAAUAGCUGAAUUAGAAUUACCACUGAAAAGCUCUAGGAGGAGUAUAGGCGACUCACACUCAAUAAUGAUUGAUGCGAUUGAAGCCUUUCGACCUCGACGGGAAGUUAUAACAGAACAGCAGUUGGAAGAUACAAAAAAGAAAUUGAAUAAAUCGUUCCGUGUGGAUCAAUUACGACAAUAUUUAAGUGCGAAUAAAAUAGAAAAGAUCAAGUCAAAGACAAAGGCGCAAGUGUUGGACAUUAUUUUAAAUCAGAUAUGGAAGAUCAAAACAGAGGAGUUUCUUCAGCGUGAAAAGCAAGCCAUAUUGAAAGAUAGACUGAAAAAGUCUAUCCCAGCAUCUAAACAGGAGCUGUUCUUUAUUAUUGGCGAUCAGGGAAAUACCAUAAAGUCAAUAGAGAAUAAACAUAAUGUCAAAAUAACGAUAGAUGUAGAUCAGAGCCUGUACAUUAUUGAGGGCGCGUCUCAAGCAGUAAAAGCAGCAGAGAAGGAGACACUUUCACAUAAAAUUAUAGAAGAGGAAAUGGAUCUACCCUUUGAUUUAAGCGACAACACACCUCUUAGAGCUGAAAUCGCUUACUCUCUCAGUGAUAUUUCAAAAUUUGCAAAGACUUAUGUAUCAUUUCAUCCCGAGUUCAAAAAUAAGGUCUUGUUAUCGAGCUUGGAGCCGGAAAGUAUAACUAACGCAAAACGUCUGCUAAAUUUGAUGUUUACGGAGCUUGACCAAAACGGAAAAUCAUCACUAAACAAAUCAGACCAUAUAAUCGUCAAGAAGCCUUCAGAUUUUGUUGCAGUACCGUUUUCAGACACCCGCGCAAUGAGUUUUUAUGAUAACGCUGCUCUAUGGAGUCGAAUAAUUUAUAACAAUAAAGACAUCAAUAGCAGCGAUGAAAACGAUAUCGAAGAGGGAUAUCAAUUUCUAAAUGGGCAAAAGAUCGAAUCAUUUGACCAUAUCAAGGAGACGUUACUAAAGCCAUUCAAGUCAGAUAAUUCAGCAACAGUUUCAAUGGAAGCAAGAUUUGGUCACUUACUUUUCAACUAUGAUCAACAAACGUACAGCCCUACCAGUUUGAAAGAUAUCUAUAGUAACAGUCGAAAUCAGUUUUUUAAUACAAUGCCGCCCUUCUCACUCGUUCAAUCCCUCUUACCCUUCAAAAACAAUUUUCACGAAAGAAGCAUCAAAGUCGAGUAUGUUGAUCAAUCCUUACUGAUCUCUCCUGAAACCCAAAAUAUCGACAGACAUUUGAAGCUGCCAGGUUUGACGAGGUUAACCAUAGAAUUCUUGAUAAACGACGAUGGACAAUUAAAACUGAAGAACAUCAUUGGAGAGAAAAAUAGAUCAGUGAUAGAUUUACUGAAUGUUGAAGGAAAUAUCGAUGUUCGCUUAAUAGCCAAAGCAUCAAUAAGUUAUACUACAAACAAUAAUAUCACUGCACCGUUGGAAAAGCUAACAAAUAGCUGUGAACUAACGAGGACAAAUGAACUUAGUGCACCACUAAACUUUAACUUCUCGGCAGAGAGUAAAUUUGUUUUAUCGGAUAUAACUUCCAUAUUAAAGAAGAAGUUCAUCUACAACACUCAUGCCGUCCAUCUUAACCAUAUUGAACACCAAGACAAGAAAACAAAACGAACUGAGCUUAUCGUAAACUCAAUAGAUCCUAAGUCGCCAACAUUGAGCGCAAUCAAUACAUGGCCUAGCUUCUCAAAAGCAUUUACUGAUUUAGCAUCAAGAUGGACCUACUUUGAAGAGCUAUCGUAG